AAAGAGAAUAAUAGUGCCAGUCCAAAGCACUUACAGAAAAGCAGGUCAAGUGGAAGAGUUUCAGAAAGAUUUAUAUUCCAUCCCAGAGAGCUUUAUUUCAAAGCAUGGAGCACAAACAGACCAUUAAUUUUGGAGCUGGACCAGCUAAACUUCCUCAGCCGGUUUUACUCCAAGCACAGAAGGAGCUGCUGGAUUACAGUGGCACUGGGAUAAGCAUUCUUGAAAUGAGCCACAGAUCGUCUGAUUUCUCCAAGAUCAUAAACAGUACUGAAAACCUUCUCCGUGAACUUCUGAAUGUACCUGAAAACUAUAAGAUACUGUUCCUGCAAGGCGGAGGCUCGGGACAGUUCAGCGGGAUUCCUCUCAAUCUGAUUGGUCUGAAGGAGGACAGGUGUGCCGAUUAUCUGGUCACGGGGACCUGGUCUGCAAAGGCAGCCAAAGAGGCAGAGAAGUAUGGAAAAGUGAACGUGAUUCAUCCAAAACUGGAUCGCUACACCAAAAUCCCAGACAGUAGCACUUGGUCGCUGAAUCCUUCAGCAUCUUACGUGUACUACUGCUGCAAUGAGACGGUGCACGGCGUAGAGUUUAACUUCAUCCCGGACACUAAAGGAGUGCUUCUGGUCAGCGACAUGUCGUCUAACUUCCUCUCCAGACCGGUGGAUGUGUCGAAGUUUGGUCUGAUAUUUGCCGGCGCGCAGAAGAAUGUGGGCUGUGCGGGUGUGACGGUUGUCAUCGUCAGAGAGGAUUUGAUGGGCAAGGCCCUGAAAGAGUGUCCUGUUAUACUGGAUUAUCAGGUGCAGGCUGGCAAUAACUCGCUCUACAACACUCCUCCGUGCUUCAGCAUUUACAUCAUGGCUUUGGUUCUGGAGUGGAUCAAGAACAACGGAGGAGCGGAUGCCAUGGAACGACUAAACGAACAGAAAUCCAACAUCAUCUAUGACCAGAUCAACCACUCCAGUGGAUUCUACUCAUGCCCCGUUGACGAGGCGUGUCGAAGCCGCAUGAACGUUCCGUUCCGCAUCGGAAAGAAGGAAGGAGAUGAAAGUCUUGAGAAGGCAUUCCUGGAUGGGGCUUCGAAACUUGGCAUGAUCUCGCUUAAAGGACACAGGUCAGUGGGUGGCAUCCGGGCUUCCCUGUACAAUGCCGUGACUGUUGAAGAUGUGAAGGCUCUCGCCGCAUACAUGGAGGAAUUCCUUAAGAAUCACCGUUAGCUUAAAAGCCUUUUUUGCAAGUAGUAGUUUUUACUUGCACCUUUAAACUGGAGUGACACUAACAGAUUGGCUGCAUUUCUUGUAUGUAAUGUUCUCUUACAUUGUAAUUCUCAAGCAAAUGGUUGUCAUUGUUGCCUAACUUGUUUUUGUUGUUGUUGUUUUUUUUUUACUGACCCUUUUAUUUGAAUUGUGGUGUGCCGUAAUGCUUGUAAAAUUGUAUUUGAAUUGUUUUCCCAAAACAUUCCAUGUUUUACUAAUGUAAACGUGUGUUAUUAGUAGCUGAAUGGAUCGAAUACUGUGAUACAAGCACACAAAACGCUACUAAAAUCACUGCAGUGUUUAUUCCUGAAAACGGCUGAUAUUUUGAAGAUAAAAUAAACAUGCAUUAUGGAAAUUGGUACAAGUAUGUGUCGACAUAUGCAAGUAUUUGUUCAUUUUUGGAGCGUAGUAUUACCAUUUUCUCUUGAUUUCAAACAAGUUUUACCUAAGCCUCCAUUCUGUCUUGUGUUGCCAGGUCUGAGGUUUUCCUGCAGCAUUGGUUUACUUUUUUUUUUUUUUUUUUUUUUAGCGAGACCUG